AUGGGCACGCUCCUCCCCUCGCACAAGCCCGACUACUCCAAGACGGAGCCGUCCGUGCCCAUCCCGCCGCAGCCGGCGUGGUCGGACCCGUCCAAGAUCGUCUCGUUCGACCCGUGGGGCCACCUCGUCCCGCACGUCUUCCGGCGCGAGCUGGAGGAGCUCGCGCUGGACGUGCGCCCGAGCAUCGCGGUGACCAAGGGCCACCUGAAGCUGAGCGAGAUCGACGAGACGGCGCGCAGGGGCGACCUCGUGCUGGACGGCAAGAUCCUGCUCAAGAGCCUGCCCCUGCGGAACGCGGACGGGUCCGAGAGCGCGGCGGACCCUGGGGUGGAGAUCGCGAUCAACAAGGCCGCCGUCGAGCCCGUGUGGUUUUUGCCCGGCGUCGCCGAGCGCUUUGGGAUCUCUGAACACCUGCUCCGCCGUGCCUUGUUCGAGGACACGGGGGGGAUGUACCCCGAGCUCAUCACCCGCCCGGACAUCAACGUGUUCCUCCCCCCCAUCGGAAACCUGACCGCGUAUAUCUUCGGCAACCCUGCGUAUCUAUCCGACGAGUCGAAGGAGCUGACGCUUCGUGUCCACGACGAGUGCAACGGCUCUGAUGUGUUCGGGUCGGACAUCUGCACCUGCAAGCCGUACCUGAUCUAUGCCAUCGAAGAGUGCGUCCGCACCGCCCAGCGCGGGGGCGUCGGCCUCGUCGUCUACUUCCGCAAGGAAGGCCGCGCCCUCGGAGAAGUGACCAAGUAUCUCGUGUACAACCUGCGCAAGCGCGGCGGCGACUCGGCCGACAAGUACUUCAAGGCGACGGAGCUCAUCGCGGGCGUGAAGGACAUGCGCUUCCAGGCGCUCAUGCCCGACGUCCUGCACUGGCUCGGCAUCAAGAAGAUCGACAACAUGGUCUCCAUGAGCGACAUGAAAUACAACGCCAUCGUGCAAUCGGGCAUCCCCAUCCUCAAGCGGUACGACAUCCCCGAGCACCUCGUGCCGCCCGACUCCCGCGUCGAGAUCGACGCGAAGAUCGCGGCGGGAUACUUCACCAGCGGCAAGGCGGUCACGGAGGACGAUCUCGUCAAGACCGUGGGGAGAACCUGGGAAGAGACAGAGCACUAG